AUGAAGAUGGAGAAUGUGAAGAGGAUUGAGGACGAGAUAAGAAACGAGGAUGAUAAGAAGAAGGAGGAUGCAAGGAUGCUGACGGAUGAUCGAGCUGAUGUUGCAUGCCAUCAUAGAAAAAGAAAGAUUGCGCCGAUCGGUUUGCCGAAGAAGAAGUGUGUUCUGGAAAGCACGUCAAAGGAGGAGGCUGCAGAGCUAAUAUGCAGAAAAUGCAGCAAGAAGCUGAAACUAACAAACAACUAUGGUUGUAGAUGUGGAAAUGUGUACUGUGCAAGCCAUAGGUUCCAUGAUCAGCAUGAAUGCACAUUUGAUUACAAGGCAAUUGCAAUUGCAAAGCUGAAGCUACAAAACCCAAAGAUAAAUGAGAAGAAGAUAAGCGAUUGA